AUGUCUCUCAACUUUUCGAAGCAUGAGCUAAUCGAGGCUCAAUGCGUGCCUUUUAGUCCUAUUACCAGGUCGGUCAACAUCGACGGCAAUCCCGUCGGUAAGGGCCGUCUCAUCAAACCUGGUUCUUUGGUUGUUCUGGAACCUACCCCUGCCGUCAACGCUGCCGGCGAUGAUGUAUGGUUUGCUGUAGUCACUUGGGUUGAGCCGGAGGAUGAAGUUAAGAGUGGGUGUCCCCAGCUGUGUGAGGUGUUCUGGGUUUAUACCAAGCUGGAUAUGAUUCGCCUUCUCGACAGCGGUGCUAUGAAGGCUAGUCGCAGGUUCAGGAAGGCUCUUAACCGUUGUUCGGAUCAGGAGGCUUGGAUAACUGGCCACUACUCUGAUGAGCCUGUGGACGCUAUUCUUUCCGUCCCCACUUUCCGGGAGACUCGUGAGCGUAUCAAGCUCUCUGCGAAGGAAUACAUCCGCUUUGAUAGCGAUAGUGCCGUGUGUGAGUUUGUUACGACUGCCUGA